AUGGCUAUGGCCGUUCCAACGGUUCUAGCAACCGUAGCGGCCUGCGGCAGCAUCGUCACGUCGAUCAAGUCGAGUUGGGAGCUCAAACGCAUGGUGAAGAAGAAGAAGGAAGAAAGGGAGCUGGAAGAAGAGGCGCCAUACAUCUUUCGCAAGAUGCGGAAGGCGUACUAUGACGGUCUCAUGAGCACAGCCGAGUACGAACACUGGUACGAGAGGUUCCUGGUAGCCAAGGUCGAGAAGGACAUGUCUGCAAUGCGAAGAAUCCGGGCUCAUCUGCGAAUCGUGGAAAACGGCGCCCCAGUGACGCCGCAAGAACGAUCGAGGACGUACGAGCCGAGAAGGCGGCGCCAUUCGCUCUCGUAUGCAAGUCCACAGUACGUUGACCGGCCGCACGAACAUGGCAAUCUCGACUACUAUCCGGAUCGACGCCCUAGGGUUGGGGCUCCGCGAGACCAGUUCAUCCCGCUCGAGCCGCCAACAUACGCCCGUUCGCCCUCCUCGGACGCGUCGUCGUCAUCGUCCAGAUCACGCGUCAGUCGGAGUUCUUCGGUCCGGUACGAGUCCCGGGGUCGAUCGCGCAGGAGAUAUGAUUCCUCUGAUAGCGACGAUGAAAGCGACGACUAUUAUGAGAAGAAGCACUACCGGGGCAGGAGCUCACAGAGGUACUAG